AUGAAACGUAUUAAUCAGGUUCCCGGCAAACCUGAAAUUACAUCUCUUUAUUUCGAUGAUUUAAACUCAUUACAACGAUGGUUCGAUAAGGGGUUUAUGGAUUCCAGAGACCUGUCAAAUGUUCCGAAGGAAAGAUAUUCGAAUUAUGUUAAAUUUGAAAAGGAUAGCAUAAUUACGAUUCCCAACUUAUCCGCUCGUAAAACUGAAAUUAUAGUCUGCCAUGAUUUUAAAGGUGGUUAUCAAUCGGGACAUGAUCUCUAUCCGAAUGGUCAGUAUGGAACGGAGUCUUGUAAGCCAUAUUCAUUGAGGUAUCCAGAGAUUGUGGAUAAAUUCGUCUAUUUUUCGCAUCAUUGUGUCACCAUCCCGCCUUCACCUUGGACUAAUUACUUGCAUAGACACAGUAUACCCGUGCUAGGAACUUUAAUCUUAGAACAUUAUCCUCACAAUGGUGAAUUGUUCAAGAAAAAUGCAAAGGGGGAAUUCCUGUAUGUGAAAUAUCUUGUUGAACUUUGUCGCAAAUUCCACUUUGAAGGGUGGUUGAUCAAUUUUGAGACUGUAUUUGGGAAUAAUUCAAAGCAAGUAAUUCCAUUCCUUAGGGAAUUAACCGCUCGUGUGGAAUGUGAGAUCUAUGGUGGGAGUGUAAUAUGGUAUGAUGCAUUCACCACGUUUUCAAACAAGCCAAGUCAUCAAAACGAAGUGAAUCUUUUCAAUUACGAUGCUUAUGAAAACUCGAGUCAAUUUAUGACAAAUUACAUGUGGGAUUCUCAUAAUGUUGGCAACUCUUUAAGAAAUGUUGGUGCAUUAGGAAUGCAUUCUCAUGUGGCACUUGGUGUGGAUGUUUGGGGUCGCAAUAUGCAGGUUUGUCGCGGUGGUUUUGAAAGUAACAUUGCAAUUUACUAUGCAAAAAGGUUUGGCACCAAUGCAGUUAUAUUUGCACCAGGAUGGACAUAUGAAAAUUUUGGUGAGGAUCAAUUUUAUGAAAAAGAUGAUAUAUUUUGGGGUAAUAUUAAAAGUACUUUACAAUUAGACUCUUAUUCUGAUUCUCAAUUGUCAUCAUGGUUCGUUUCUGAAUCCAAGAAAACCAGAUAUUUUACCACUUUUUUCUCUACUGGUUCAGGAAACUUCUUUAAUCUAAAUGGUAGAAGGAUUUCCAACGACAAUUGGGUUCAACUGGGUCUCUCAACACCAUUUCCAGUUAACAGCCAUUCUUAUUUGAGUUUCAAAGAUUCCUUUGUCGGCGGUAGUUGCCUAGCGUUACCUCUUUCGCCCAUGGAAAAUGGCAAGUUGCAUCUUUUCAGAUUUGAGCAAUUUAUUAAAGAUCAACAAAAGACUUCUGAUAGUGAAAUCAGAGUUAAAUUAUCUUACAAAUCAUUGGGAGCAUUGCCGCCGGUUAAACUAGUGAUCAAAUGUUUUGUCAUUCGUCGCGGCAAAAGGUCAAAGACAAUUUUGAAAGUGGACGAUGUGUCACUAGUGUUACCUUUAAGUCAUAGUGCCUGUCAAACAGCACAAGGCUCUACUAAGUGGGCGGUGGUUGAACAAAUCGUUCCAUUACCAAGUCUGGAAUCAAGAUUUUUGGAGGAAUAUUAUGUGGAAGAUGCGCAUUUAGAAUGGACAAUGGAUAAUAACCAUGAUGAGUGGCUAAUGGUUCCAGAAAGAACAGAGGAUUUAGAUUGUAAAUUAUUGAUAGGAUCACUUUGUCUUGAAAUUGGUCCUCAUGAAGAUAACAAUAAAAGGCAAAUAGUAAGAAAUGGACCUCAAUUAAGUUGGCAAGAUAAUGAAAGCUCUUUCAUGUGGUUAAAGCUACAAGAUGGUAAACUUGAUAGCGUCUUAUUUACACCAACAACAAAAGUAAACGGUAAACAACCCACGAUUUUGGAAUGUGGGAGGAAUGGUACUUUGAAAUUCGUAGUCAAGAAGUAA